UUUAGAUUUGUACAUAAGAUUCUAUUCUAGUGGCUUGUACGACUCGUAGUUUUUCUGUGCUACUUCAUGUGUAUUAGAUCUACGAAACUUCUUGUAAUACGCGAUAUCUAGUAAAAUAUUUAUAGAUAGAGAGUUUUCAAGGACAAAGAACUGUCGAAUAAAAGGAAAUAUGUGUGAGUAUGUGUUUCUCCUUCUUAUCGCUCUUCUGUUCAUUGUAAUUAUUUACGGCUUCGACAAGAAAGAAUGUUGGAAACUAAAACAAAAUUUUCAAUUUGCUGCCUCCCUGCCGGGACAAUCAAUAUUAUUAUCUAUCUUCGACUCUAUACUAAUCGCUUGUAACUACAAAAAUUUACUUGACUGUGUGCUAGCGAAUACCAUGAAAUACGACACUCCGAGUCGUUUUAUGCUUGGAAUGGAUAUAUACAUAUUGCUUUCAAAACCCGAAGAUUAUAAGAUUGUGCUGACGAACGUAAAUGGCGUCGACAAAAGUUCAGUAACCAAGAUGUGGGAGGUGUUUCUUGGUGAUGGGAUUAUUAGAACUUCAGGUGCGAGUCACAAAAUUCGACGAAAACUGAUACAACCUACGUUAAAUACGAAGUAUUUAAAUGAAUACGUAACUUUAUUCGAUAAUUAUAGUAACUGCUGUGCAAGCUAUAUAAAAAAAGAAAUCAACGGUCAUACAUUUGAUGUUAAACCAUAUAUAGCGCGAUACGCAGUUGAUAUAUAUUUAGCAACAAUUAUGGGUAUUCACGGAACAGCAUACAAGGGUGAAUAUGACGAGUUGUGGUGCUGGCAAGAAAAACUGAUGAAACAGAUUUUUAGUAGAAUGUUAAAGCCGUGGUUGUAUCCGGAAUCCAUUUUCUCUCUGAGUGAAAACGCAAAACAAACGCGUAUUGCUAAAAAGAUCAUACAGGAUUUUCUUGACAGUACAAUGUCAACGAACUUCGCAAAUAACACUUUGAUAUACGACACCGAGUAUGAAUUCUUCGAAGACAAACAAUCUCAAGCAUCAAACUCCGUUUUUUGCAACUAUUUGAAACGUUUGAAGCAACAUGAUUGCGACAUUAAGGAAAAAAAUUCUAGAGUGAGCGAUGAGAACUUUGCGGACGAUAUUUGUAAUUUAUACGCUGCUAUUCAAAAUACCAUUACGGAAUUGACGUCUUCUGUGUUACUUAUGUUGAGUAUGCACUCGGAAGUUCAAGAAAAAUUGCGACAGGAAAUUUUGCUAACAUUUGGCACCGACAAUGUCGACGCUAAACGUCUCACAAACAUGCGAUAUCUUCAUAUGAUAAUCCAAGAGACAUUAAGAUUGUUUCCCACAUCACCUGUAAUUUCGCGACAACUCACAGGAGACGUAGAACUAGAAUCUUGCACUCUUCCGAACGGAAGCUACAUCAUGAUACCAGUUUUUGCUAUUCAUCGUAAUCCCGAGUAUUGGCACGAUCCCGAGAAGUUUCUUCCCGAACGAUUUUCUCCGGAAAAUUCGUCAAGCCGUCACCAGUACGUUUACGUACCAUUUGGCAUAGGACCCAGAAGUUGCUUAGGUCAAAGGUAUACGUUUCUAUCUGUGGCAACAAUAAUUGUCAAUUUAGUGCGGCAAUUUCGUUUUGUGUCCACUGAAACUUUAACAGACAUAAAAUUAAGUACUGAUAUUAUAUUGCGCUGUCAAGACGGUGUUAAAGUAUCUGUGUUUCACAUAUGAGUUUACUUUUUUAUAUAUAUAUGACAAUAUCAAAAUUAUAUUAUAUAUUU